GGGUCCUGUCCCUGUCCCUGUCCUUGUCCCCGUCCCUGUCCCCGUCCCGGUGCGAUGGGGCCGGGGCCGCUGCAUCCCGCGGGGUGCGGAGGACGGGCCGGGUGUGCGCAGGCGGCGCCCCGGGGCUGCGGUUCUGCUCUCGGUACGGUCCGUGAGCUCCUCCAUCUUCCCGCCUGGACUAAAAAAAAUGUGGAUAACGGGAUAACGGUGCUGUGCCGGAGGUGCCCGUACGGGCCAGGAUGCUGUUCCCACUGCCCCUGCGUGCAGCCUGCAGCCUGCUGGCCUGGUUCUGCCUCUACAAGUGGUUCUGCCACCGCUACCGGCACCGGAACCUCGAGUGGAGCUGCAGGCUGGUCACCCUGACCCACGGCAUCCUGGCCACCUGUCUGUCUGCCUACAUCGGCUUCAUCGACGGCCCCUGGCCCCUGAGCCACCCAGGGUCACCCAACACAACCCUUCAGGUGCACGGGCUGUGCCUUAGCUUGGGCUACUUCAUUUUUGACCUGUGCUGGUGCGUGUACUUCCAGACGGAGGGUGCCCUGAUGCUGGCCCACCACCUGGUCAGCAUCGUGGGCAUCGCCGCCUCCUUGGCGCUGGGCGAGUCGGCCGGCGACGUCAAUGCCGUCAUCUUCGGCAGCGAGAUCACCAACCCCCUGCUGCAGGCCCGCUGGUUCCUCAAGGAGCUGGGUCGCUACCACACCUUCACGGGCGACCUGGUGGAUUUCCUCUUCGUGGUGCUCUUCACGGGCGUGCGCAUCGGCGUGGGGGCCUGGCUGAUGUACUGCGAGCUGGCCUCGCCCAGGCCCCGCUGGUACAUCAAGCUGGGAGGGGUGGUCAUGUACGUGGUGUCCUGGGUGUUCAUGGUCAGCAUCUGCCGCUUCGCCAGGAGGAAGAGCAUCAGCAAGUACCAGGCCUGGAGGAGCCGCAGGAGCCGCGAGCUGGGCUGCAAAACCAACGGGCACCUCAAAGGCCACUGAUGGAGGAUGAGCAGAAUUCCUCGAGUUCAUGGGCUGGCAAGGAGGGGAUGGUGCCUGAAAUGCUGCUGGAGGGAGAGGAGCCAACGCACGUUAGCAGAUCUGGAGCCAAAUUUAUCCCUGGCCUAACUCCACUGAAAGCCAUGGAGCUAUGCCAUGGAUUCACUGGGCAGAGGCUGGCAUGGUGUGCACAGCCUGAACGAGGAGGGAAAGAAGGGCUAAUUUUAUAGACUAACCAUGGCUAGUCCAGCAGUGCAGGUGUAAAUAGUGAUGUGGAAGGAAAGAAGGGCUAAUUUUAUAGACUAACCAUGGCUAGUCCAGCAGUGCAGGUGUAAAUAGUGAUGUGUAGCCAGCUCCUUCAGGAUCUUAGAAGAGAGGAGGAGGUGAUGCUAGGUCUCUGUGCAGUCUAGGCAGCUAAAGUGGCUCUCCAUGCUGGUGGAAGAAGUGUUCUAGCGUUGCAUCCAAGCUGGGAUUCCUGGCUCUUCCACCACCUCGUUGUGUGACCUUGGGCAAGUCUCACAACUGGAACUCUGUGCCUCAUUCCCCCUCUGUGACUUGGGGGAGGUGGAGCUGCUCCAUCUGUUAUGCACUUUCAGAUUUUUACUUGAGAGGUGCUAUAUGAAAAAAAGUGAUGGUUGUUAUCUGCACUUGGUUCAUCAUUCCUGUGUUUCCCUUGGGAGAAACGACUUUGGUGGUCGAGCUAGAGCGAGACUCUAGAAAAAGCAGUAUUUUAGGUAGGUUGUUGUUUCCUACCCUUUCUAACUCCUUUUAAUAACUUAUUCAUUAACAUAUUGAUAACUUAUUUUCUGUAGUGUCCAGAACCUAGCUCUAAUCAGCACUGCCUAAUUACAGGACUAGGUGCUCUGUGAAUACACCCAAAGACACAGACCCAGAAGGGAAAAUUUUUCCAGAUUUUUCCCUCUUCUUCCCUGACUGUUAAAACUCCCCUACAAACGCUGCUUUUAGCUCCUUGGGUAACCAGCACACUCCACUUUGAGAAGCCCCAUCAGGAUUUGCCAAGGGGUUUUCUUGCUGAUGAGCCAAGCCCUGAUUUUGUCUCCAGAACACCCAAAUUCCCUCUUCUAUGCCCCAAAUCCAAACUGGGAUUUCUGGUUGCCCAGAAUCUGCCCCGUGGAAGCCACAGACUGACCUUGGCUCUCCUUCAUCUGAACUGAUGCCUUGACCCCUGGGCUUUGAUUUCCCUCUGACUGGGUAUGAGUCACUUCAGAAAAGUGAACAUUUAGAGGGUCAGAGAGAUUUAUUUUACAGCUCAGUCAUUAAAGAAAUGAGAGGCCCAGAAUCUGGUCUUUUUAAAGCAAAAAUAAACCUGACUGGGAGAAAAAUAAGCAAUACUUAUCCAAGUCCCAUUUGUAGGGAAAAACAAUGCCCAGCUGGCAGCUUCUGGAGUUUAUUUCAUUGCAUGUCCUUAAGCUGCUCCUUUGUUUUUGCUGCGAUUUUGAGCAUUUCCUUUGAGCCUCCAGUGCAGCUCAGGUGCCCCCUUUUGCUUGAGCCUUGCUUGCUGCAGCCAAAGACCUGAAGAAACCCCAAAAAACCCCUUCAGAUGAGCAGAGCCAACUGAUGAGCUGGUCCUGGAGAGGAAACCUGACCCAUCCAGCACUCUCAAGCCUUGAAAGGAGACCAGAAGGGCUGGUUGGGGCUUGCUGGUUCUUUUUCCCAGCUCUGCUGUUCUGUUGAGCACAUCCAGGAGCCUUUUUGCCUCAAAUUAACCCACUCUGGGAAGUGGGUCCAGUCUUACCUACCUCAUAGGGUGUUUCCAUUUAGCACCAAGCCACCUUUGAUGGAUUCUGGGUGGUUUGUGUCAGGCUGUGCUGUCUAAAAGUUGCUUUGAGUGCAGCACUUCCUGCUGUGAGCCAUCAGCGGCGCUUUGUCACCUGAGCUGGGCACUUCCCAACGUCCCAAAAGCAGGAGUGAGGUGUCUUGCAAAGGUGCUCAAGGGCAGGAGUCGCAGGGAGUGAGCUGGACGUGCUCAUAAAGGUCAGCUGCAUCCUCCCAGCCAGCCCCAAGCUGAGGGAAAGGUCUCUGCUGGCUUUUCCCUGGUCAGCAGUGCAGGAAUCUGGAGCCAAAAGAGUCUCAGCCACUGGCCUGAGCAGGGAGUGAGGGCUUGCAGCAGCAGCUCCUGCAGGAAUGCAGGUGAAAACAGGUCCUGGAGGUGAAAGCAGGUCCUGGAGGUGAAAACAGGCUGGUCCUUGCUGCUGAGGUGCCCACUGUAAAGAGUUUUCAGAGCAGCCCUGGGGGUUUGGGCUCUGAGCUUUGCUGAGGGUUGGGGUGCAGCUUUCUGGGGUUCCAGCCCUUACCUGCCCAGGUGGGUGAGGAUGGCAGUGACUGCAGUGUCUGUGAAUCACCGGUUUGAAGAGAUUUUGAAAUACAAUGGUUUGAGUUUGGGAAACCAGAAAAGGUUUCCCCCCCUUUUCUGAACAGGGGGGAAGCUUGGUUGGAAGCCGGAGAGCACUGCUCAGCUCUGAGGCUUUAGAGAGUAAACAAGGAAACAAAAGGGCAAUUAGAAAUGGCUUUAUGAGGCACAGCAAGGCCUCACAGCCCAUUUAGUGGGCUCCAGCAUAGAAUCACAGACCCAAAAGUACAAAUUCCAAGCUGUGGAGCACAGGGUGGGACCUGUCCUCAGGCUAGUCCAUAGCGGCUAGAGCAAACUGAGAGAGGAAACUGCAGAACUAGUGUGAAAUAAUAACUUGUGUCUGAAUUACUGUGUAAUAGCAACUAAUGUUCCACCAGUGAAUGGUGUAGAUGCUUUGUAUUAUGUUUUAUAAAAAUAAAGCUUAU